UGACGCAGUACGGCGGGCGGUCGUUCGGGUGAGGAGGCGGAGUUUACGAUUACGCACCGAGAGAGUGGAGCCGCGGCCUCGGCGCUUGUAUGGCGGAAUGACCGAGCCCAGGGCUCAGAGGGAGAGUCCCGCCGGGAAUGGAGAGCCCGGGGCCGGUUUCGACGCCGCCGCUGCUCAGGGAGACGGGCCGGGACUGAGUGCCGGAGUCGGGCAGCGGCGACAGCAGCAGCAGCAGCAAGAGGAGGAGGAAGAGGGAGAAGAGGAGGAGAGGGAGGCCCGGCAGAGGCGGCGGCGGCAGCAGCGGCAGCGUCGGGAGGAGGAAGAGGAGCUGGACCCCCGCAUCCAGGAAGAGCUAGAACACCUUAACCAGGCCAGUGAGGAGAUCAACAAACUGGAACUACAGCUGAAUGAAGCGAGGAAUACCUACCGGAAAAUACUAUCGGAGUCAGCAAGGAAGCUGAACGCUCAGGGUUCGCAACUGGGCAACUGCAUCGAGAAGGCCCGGCCUUACUAUGAGGCCCGACGACAGGCUAAAGAGGCCCAGCAGGAAACGCAGAAAGCUGCCCUGCGGUACGAGAGGGCGGUCAGCAUGCACAAUGCGGCCCGUGAGAUGGUGUACGUGGCCGAGCAAGGGCUGAUGGCAGACAGAAACAGGCUGGACCCCACCUGGCAGGAGAUGCUGAAUCACGCCACCUCGAAGGUGAAUGAGGCGGAGGAGGAGAGGCUGAGGAGCGAGCGGGAGCACCAGCGGGUCACCCAGAUGUGCCAGGAAGCCGAGGACCGUGUCCAGGAGCUGCAGAAAUCCCUCAAAAGGAUGAUCAUCAAAUCCAAGCCCUACUUCGAGCUGAAAGCCCAGUUCAACCAGAUUCUGGAGGAGCACAAGGCCAGGGUGACAGCCCUGGAGAAGCAGGUGGCCCAGGCCAAGACCAGGUACUCGGUGGCCCUCCGCAACCUGGAGCAGAUCAGCGAGCAGAUUCACGCUCUCCGGCUGCAGAGACUGGGCUCUCGCCGGGCAUCGCCAGUGGGGGCCGAGGCCGUGCCAGUCUACCCCGAGCGGGAGCUGGAGGAGGAGGAGGAGGAGGAGGAGGUGGACGUGGACAAGGCCUCGGCCUACCCCCCACUGGGGGAGGAGGAGAAGGGGGCCCCGCUCCCCCCUCCCUCGGACAACCUGUCGGUGCUAAGCUUCCAAACUAUCGCCUCGGACCUGCAGAAGUUUGACUCGGUGGAGCAUCUCGGCGAUCUGUCGGACGCGCUGAGCCUGGACAGUGACGACCUGAGCCGGGAGGCCCAGAGGCCGAGCAGGACCUUCUUCCCUUUCAAACACCACCGCAGCGUCAGCCUGUGAGCCAGGGAGGACCAUGGCGGGAGGCUGGGGUGGGGCGAGGGGCGAGGGGGGAGGUGGGGAGGAUGCUGCCACUGCAUCCCAACCCCUGCCCCCCAAUCGUACACUGUUUACACCAUUGCAGAUACCAAUCCGUCUCAAUCAGAGAGAGAGAGAGAGAGGAAUCCACUCCCCUCCCCAGCUAAAGCCCACCGCUGCUCCCUCAAUUUUUAAUCAUAAACGUGCUCGCUUCCCAUUCCCGAUGUACAAAUUUAAUAAAAACGCUGCUCUGUAGGGGGGUGGUGGAUGCAGCUCACUUUAUGCACAACUACGAGUUCUCCAACACCCCCCUCCAAAAAAAACUAAAUGGGCAGAAACUGUCUCGAUGGGUUAUCGUGAAUCACCGCAGACACUUAUACAGUGCAUACCCCUAAGGGUUUGAUUUCUGGCCCAGUCAACAAGCAGUGAGUUACAAUGGAUCAACCCUCACCCUGCUGGUUUGGUGUCGAUUCUGUAGGGUUCAUAGCCAAUAACCUUCACCCCUUGCUGAAUAAACAUCUCGCCUGUACAGUUAGGGACUAAUCCAUACUCUGCUCGAGAAGAAAAGCCCUACUGCAUAUAAUUACGCAGUAAGUAACCCUUUUACACUGCUGACUGAACAUGUACUUUGCACAACGAGGAAGUAAUUUAUACCCCACUCAAUUUAUGGGGUCUCUGUAAAAUGUUGCCUUCAGUAGCCCCAGCCCUUUAAGUAUCUAGUGGGGCGGACAAUGGUUUGUACCCCCGCGCCCCCCCCCCCGCCCCAACAACAACUGCAGGGCAGUGGGUCAGACAUGGUCCAGCCAAACCCUCCCACCACCGUACCCCCCCCUCUAAAAAACAAAGGGUCUGGAUCUGGCUGUGCCAUUCCUGAUGCUGCUGAUUUGAUCAUUAUUUAUGUUUUAGUAAGUGGUUUAACUGGAAUGCCUCCCCAUUGGUCUUUUAAACCAUCAGAGCAGUGGAGCUGAGCUCACUUGCCUCUGUGGCCUGGGGAAUGGCUGCCGUGCUUCACAGAACCUGGACUCAGGAAGGGGUACAACUUGGCCAGGAGUAGCCCCACUCUGUACCUCCACCUGGACACAUCAACUGGGGUCUCCCCCCACUCCAUAUCUUCCCCAUCAACACCCCCCUCCCCAUGGGAUACAUCAGCAAGGCCUCAUCCAUCCUGUACCUGUCCAGGAUGAACCAGCCCUACACCCAUGUCUGCAUCCCACCCUGCCCAGAUAAAUCAGCUGGAGUUCCCCUUGCUCCGUAUCUACCCCCACCCCUCCCCAUCCCACCCCCAACCCCCAAAGCCUCUUCCUGGGUAAGUUGGCCAGGGUUACCCCGUGGCCCUGUCUCUGCCUCGAGCAUCGUGUGGAGAGAGUGCGGGCGGCGGUGGCAUCUGUGAAUGCCAACGCGUGCGAGAGGGGCUGACCCACCUGUCCCGAAGCAGCCAGCGUCCCUGCACCCGCUCGGACAAACCGGGGCGAGCCAGCAACACCAGUGGGACAAUCCGACGGGAACAGUUUUGAUUUGAGUUUGAGAUGUUCAAGCCGGCCUGCUUUCUUCUGCUGCCUGUUUCUGGUGCCACACCUGCCUGGCACUGUCGGUACGAUGGACCUGGUGCUCCAAGAGGCGGGUCAAAUGACUGCGUCAGUGCCAGUGUACCUCAAUCAUAUUUAUUAUAGAACUGUUUUUAUAUCUGUUCGCAUCUGUCUGUGUGCGCGUGUGAUAGUACAGACUUCAGAAUAAAGUUGGGAGAAUUUG